AUCGUAUUUGGUUACGUUGCUCUAUAUAGUACAUAUCUUAUAUCGCGUUGAUAAGUGCUGCAUUAAUGUAAUGUAACAUUAAUUUUAUGUUCAAGUAAAAUAAAUCGAACAAGUGCAAAUUUUAUUACACGAUCAAUUUUGGCAUAAGAUUACCUUCCACUAUACCUGAUUUCUCUCUGACUCCGAUAUUGUACAAGUUCUGGCUGUAUUGAUUCUGGCUCUCGUUUAAGGGCAGGGUCAUAAGAAAGAAAGAAGAAAGGUUACAUAUAAAUUAUAAGAAAGUAAUAUUUUUCAAUUUCAACUCCAAAUGCAUUAAAAUAAAUAGUUUGCUCUCCGAAGAAUUACGAUAUGUUGAAUGAUAUGCCGAAAAGAAUAUUGAGAAGUUCCGAAAACACUGAGAUCGAUGUACGCGAGGAUGAGGAACAAACUAUUAAAUUUCAAGAAAUUAUCGAUUUACUUGUUGCAGCGGGUUACUUUAGGGCACGAAUAAAAGGUUUAUCAAAUUUUGAUAAGGUUGUUGGCGGCAUGACUUGGUGCAUAGAAUCAUGUAAUUUUGAUGUAGAUGUGGAUUUACUUUUUCAAGAAAAUCUUACAAUUGGUCAAAAAAUUUCUUUAACUGAAAAGAUUGUGGUUAUGCUUCCAAAAAUGAAUUGUCCAUAUCGCAUAGAACCACAUCAAAUACAAGGUUUAGAUUGCAUUCAUAUAUUCCCAGUUAUUCAAUGGUUAGUGAAGCGAUCUAUGGAAAUGCGACAGGAAAUGGCGGACUUUGUGAGAGCUUUUGCCUUAAAUCAGUUUCAUAAAAAGCAUUCUUUUACUGAAGAUUCUGAAACUAGAACAGCAAUUAAUGAGAAUCUCAUAAAAAACUUACAUGCGGUUAAGAAAGCAUAUGAACCACGGCGUUUAUUUAAACAAAAAGAGGACUCUGUGAAGGAUGAAGCAAAUAAAUUUAUUGGUACUGUAUUAGAAUAUGAAGCACCAUUUGAGGUGGUUAAAAGUACAUCAGCAAUAACACCGAUCGAAUCUAAAAACAGCGAAUCACGAUCUGAAUCAAAUGAAAAAGAUGAAAAAAACAUGACUGAACAGAUUACUGCUACUCUGUCUGUCAUAGAAGAAAAUUUGAUGCGCUUAAAUACAGUUGGAAACAUUGUUGGCAUACAAGCACAAGAAAUUGCCAAAGUAGCAGAAAAGUAUGCAGCCAUAGCUACUUCUGAAGCUGAGGAUGGUGACGCAACGGAUUCGUCGCGUGCUCUAAUUGCAUUACAAAAACAAACAACAUUGCAAUCUAGAGUCCGCAAGUUAACAAAGGAAAGAGAUAACUUAUCAAACAAAUUCACUGAAGUAAUAGAAAAAAUGAAAGAACAUCGUGCGAAAAAAGAAGCUAUUGAACGCUCGUUUAAAAAGAUUCGUGAAAUUGGAAUUAAUGAUAAUGACAGUAUUUUCAAACGAUUAGAGGAACUUCUAUCUGUACAUGAAGAAUUGAAAGAACAAGAACACAAUUUCCGAGAGCAAUGUAAGUCAGAUUUAAAUCUUCUUCGAGAUAUGUUACAAGAAAUUGAAAAUGGUGCUCCGGUAGAAGAAGAGGAUCGUGUCAAAGAAUAUGAGGAACAAAAGGAAGCUAUAAUGCGAAUGCGCUUGCAAUUAGCAAAAAAGAAUAGAAUUAUUGCAUCUUUGACAAGACAAUUGGACGAUGUUCCAGGACGUUCUGAAUUGACGCAAUAUCAGCGCCGCUUUAUGGAACUUUAUAAUCAAGUUUCAGCUAAGCAUAAAGAAACUAAACAAUACUAUACAUUAUACAAUACCCUCGAUGAUACUAAACUAUAUAUAACUAAGGAAUUAUCAUUACUAAAUUCCAUUCAGGACAACUAUAAUGAAGCAAUGGCAUCAGCAAGUGGCAAGGAACAGUUCCUGAAACAGUUUGAGACAAUCGUUGCAGGAGUGAAGCGCAACAAAGCCAUGGUGGAAAAACGGUGUUCUGACGAAAAAAGUAGACGUGAUACGCUUAGUCGACAACUCGUCACCCUUGUAGAACAACAACGUAAAUAUGUUGCAGCAGUUAGACAACUUACUAUUGAAUGUCGCAAAAAUGAAGCUUUAUUGGCUCAACUUCGUGGUCCAUAAAUUUUUCUUGGCAAAUGGAAACUAGUCAAAUGUGCAUAAUUGAUGUUAUGAAAUUGUUAUAAAAGAUUAUUUAAAAUUAUUUCAUCUUCUAUUAUGUAUAUAUAAUGAAUGUAGGAUAAAAGCUAACGGAAAUGUCAAAAACAUUUGUUAUGUAUGUAAUUAUAUUGCAAUAAUUCAUCACUAAAGAAGAUUCAAUAGCUUAUAAUCAUGUAUAAUUCGUUAAAUAUUAAAUGUGUAAAUUAAUUCUUUUUACAAAAUGUAUAAUAUGUUCAAUCGACUUGCAUAUAAAAUUGUUUCGAUAUAACGAUUAUUCGAAUCGAUUUUAUAUAAUGAAUUCGGGAUUGAAUAUUUUUUCACACAAUUCGAUGGAAAUAUGAAUUCUAUCUCAUCAUUAUGAGUUAUUUUAUAAUUUAAAUGAUAUAAUGUUAUGUAAAAAAAUGUAGUUUGCAUAAUUACAUGCUUAUCUAUUGAGAAAA